AAUCUAACUCCACUAGCUAAUCCAGAAAUAGAAUUUCUCGAAGCAUUGGAAUUAUUUGAUUCUCCAGAAAUUGCUGAGACUAUUUUAUCACCAGAAGCUGAAAGAGAAUAUCUUGAAGCAUUAGAAAUAUUAAAACCUAUUCUGCAAUUUCAUCAAAAUGAUAUUAUUAGCUCCGGAUGUGAAUUAUUAAAUGAUUAUUAUCAAGUUGAGAUAGGAAAAGAAAGUAUAUAUGCACAAGACCCUAUUAAUACUCUUGGGGAAAAAUGGAUCGAACAACAAAUUAUCAAGAGGAAUGAUCCCAAAACAGGAGAACCAGCUCAACAUUAUUUUUUAAUCCAAGGAAGAGAUGGGUUAGGAAAAUUAGCUGGAUAUACAACUAAGCACAAAGAUAAGUUAUAUGUUUGUGAUUAUUAUGUAAGCCACCAAACUCAUAAUUCUAAGAUUGAUGCUCAACACAUAGAAGAUUCAGAUGCAGAAACUCUUUCUAUCCAAAUUGAAAAGAAUCAAGGAUCGAAAACAAUAGCGAUCCAAGAGCAUAAAGUUAUAGGAUUUGAUUAUAUAAUUAAAUGUAGUGAUGGCAAGACUAAAGUACCAGUAAAAAUCAGAGGAGAUGAUCCUGCUGGAGAUGUAAGGAUAAGAAAGAAUGAUGAAGAAAAUUUAAUUAGAAUUAAAAAUGAAUUAAAAGGCCUUUAUCAAGCUCAUAGAAGAGAUCCUCUUGGAGUAGAUAUAGGAAUAAUGUACUGUCUUGCAAAUACAAUUUAUUGCAGACUUCGAUGGCCUGGAGAACCAAUGAAAAAAUUAACUACCCAAGAAGAAAAAAUUCAUAAUUCAGCUAAAAAAUGUUAUAUAUAUGAAAAGCCAUUUGGAAAAGAAGAUAAUCUUAAAAAAGUUCAAGAUCAUGACCACAUUACAGGAAACUAUAGAGGACCAGCCCAUAGUAUUUGUAAUUUUCAAUUACGAAUCAAACCGAAACAGUUUGAAUUACCAAUUCAUUUCCAUAAUUUAGGUAAAUUUGAUGCCUAUCUUAUUUCUCAAGCUAUAGGUCUCGAUAUUGAAAAUCAAAGAUAUAUGGAUUCAUUACAACUUAUGCCUGGAUCUCUUGAUUCUCAUAUAUCUAAUUUAGGAGCUGAACUAUAUAAAGAAGAAGUAGAUAAAGAUGAAAAUUCUUUAAACUUACUAUAUAAAACUCCUGAAAAUAUUAAGAUUUCUAAAGAAGAAAUGA